GUAUCAUACACCCUUAGACAAUACAAUGCUCAACGUGAGAGCAGUUUUUAGCGAGGCUCUACGCCAGCGAGCCAUGAAUAUCUUCAACAGGCCACGAGUAUCGCCUGUUCGUGGCCAGCUUACCAAGCAGUUCUUUGGGAAGGGCUCCGCACGUUCGUACGCCACCUACAGAAGGUUCAACAACCAAGUGACAUCGUCAAACCCGUUACAGGAUCCAUUCUUGAAGAAGGUCAUUGGUAUAACGCUGGGACUCGGUACAGUUAUCUACGUUACGAACCUUGACGCUGCGCCCGUCACCGGUAGAAAACGGUUCAUCAUCACAUCUGAGAGAUUCGAGCAGUGGAUUGGCAAGCAGUCGUACAACCAGCUCAUGGCGGAGUUCAGAUACACUGGUAAGAUCCUUCCUGAUAACCAUCCACAGGCCAUUAGGGCAAAGCGGAUCUUCCAGAGGAUAUUACAGGCAAGUCCAGUGGACGAGUCCAGCUUGAACUGGUCAUUACACGUGAUUAAUGACCCAACAGCUCCACCAAACGCAUUCGUUCUGCCUGGUGGUAAAGUGUUCGUGUUCUCCACGAUCUUGCCGAUCUGUGAGAAUGACGAUGGGCUUGCCACCGUGCUCUCUCAUGAGUUUGCGCACCAGUUAGCCAGACACACCGGUGAGAACCUGUCGUCUGCCCCAAUAUACGGGGCCAUCUCACUAACUCUGUAUGCACUCACCGGGGCAGACGUGUUUAGCAGGCUGAUUAUUGACGCGGUGUUUAAGAUGCCAGCAUCCAGGGAGAUGGAAACAGAGGCCGACUACAUUGGACUGAUGCUGAUGGCAAAGGCUUGCUUCGACCCAAGAGAGGCUCCAAAGCUGUGGAACCGUAUGGCCAACUGGGAGAAGAGCACCAUCAUCUCUCGUAUGCCCGAGCUGCUAUCUACGCACCCUGCGUCUGAAAGAAGAAUAGAAAACAUGAAGGAAUGGCUUCCAAAGGCCAUGUCUGAACGUGAAAACUCCCACUGUUCGCAAUUCUCGGACUUCAUGUUCUCUAACGGUGGUUUCUGGUGAUAUCUUUCGCCAGUUUGUUCAUAUAUUAGAGAAGUAUAGUUAGAGAGUAAAGGAUGAGCUUCCGUCACAGCAUCGCUAGUGGUGUGUGGCCCACAACGAC